AUGUCACGACACCAGAAUCUUUGGGGUUGGAGCGAAAGGCCCAUUUGGGCUCACAGGAGGGAGAAGCGUGGAUGCUGCAUCUGGUUCUGGCCAAGAGCAUUGGCAGAGAACGGCAGCGCAGUGUCCUGGGACAGAAUCCACCACUGCCGGCUGCUGGCUGGGCUCGUGCCUGACCAGGUCCAGAUAUGCCGCAGGAACCUGGAGGUCAUGCACAGCAUCGUUCAGGCUGCCAGCAAAACCAAGAGCAUCUGCCAGAAGACCUUUUCCAGCAUGAGGUGGAAUUGCUCCUCCAUCCAGCGUGCCCCCAGCUUCGGUCCUGACCUGCUGAAAGGGACCAGGGAAUCUGCCUUUGUCCAUGCGCUCUCUGCUGCCGCCAUCGCACACUCCAUUGCCCAAGCCUGUGCCUCAGGGUCACUCCCGCUCUGCUCCUGCGGCUCCGUGCCCUCCGAGCUCCCUGGACCGGAUUUCAGAUGGGGUGGCUGCGGGGACAACUUGCACUACGGCCUCCAGCUCGGUGCUGCUUUUGCUGACAGCCCCCUAAAAUCCAACAAGCUGGGACUGCAGGCUCUGAGGGCCGUGAAUUGGCAUAACAACGUGGCAGGCAGGCAGGUGCUGAGUGAGUCCCUGGAUACCAAGUGCAAAUGCCACGGUGUUUCAGGCUCCUGUUCGGUGAAGACCUGUUGGAAGGCACUGCUGAGUCUGGCUGAAAUUGCCUCCGAGCUCAAAUCCAAGUACCUGGCAGCCAUCAGGGUGAGCCACCGCCUCGUGGGGCGCAGGAAGCAGCUGAAGCCCACGGAAACAGACAUCAGGGUGAUGAGAGACACGGACCUGGUUUAUCUGAUUCACUCCCCCGACUACUGCAUGCCCAAUGUCCACCUGGGGUCUGUGGGGACACAGGACAGGCAGUGCAACAAGACAUCAGCGGGCAGUGAUGGCUGCGACCUGCUGUGCUGUGGCCGCGGCUACAACGCUUACGUGGAGGAGGUGGUGGAGAGGUGUCACUGCAAGUACCGCUGGUGCUGCUACGUGCUGUGCAAGAGAUGCCGGCGGCCGGUGGAGAGGUAUGUCUGUAAAUAG